AUGGGGAAGAUCACCUUCUACGAGGACCAGGGCUUCCAGGGCCGCCACUAUGAGUGCAGCAGCGACCACUCCAACCUGCAGCCCUGCUUCGGCCGCUGCAACUCCAUCCGGGUGGACAGCGGCUGUUGGAUGCUCUACGAGCAGCCCAACUACUCCGGCUGCCAGUACUUCCUGCGGCGCGGCGACUACCCCGACUACCAGCAGUGGAUGGGCCUCAACGACUCCGUCCGCUCCUGCCGCCUCAUCCCCCACACCAGCUCCCACCGGCUGAGGAUGUACGAGCGAGAGGACUACCGAGGCCGGAUGGCGGAGCUCACGGAAGACUGCUCCUCGCUCCGCGACCGCUUCCACUUCAGUGAGAUCCGCUCCCUUCACGUGCUGGAGGGCUGGUGGGUCCUCUAUGAGAUGCCCAACUACCGGGGGCGGCAGUACCUACUGAGGCCGGGGGACUACAGGCACUACCACGACUGGGGGGCCCUGGAUGCCAGAGUGGGUUCCUUGAGGAGGGCCGUGGAUUUCUAUUGA